GCGUAAAGCAGCUUUUCCUGAGCCCACGAGGGGUUCUGUGGCAAGCAAAGCCAAGGAGCUGGAUUGGGGUCUCCGUUGCUCAAGCUCAGCGCAGCAUCCCGGCUCCCAGCCCGUGCGCAGGGAAGGCGCCUCUCUCUCGGCUGUUAUUUUUGGCAUCUCCUCCUCCGCUCCUCCCUCUGGGGCGCAGCCCACGCUGGGAGCCGCAGGCAGGGAGCGCAGAGGAAGACGGACUCUGCUCCGAGAGGAACUUUUGAGAAUUAAUUGCAGUUUUGGAAGUUUUUCCCAUUUUUAAACCCGACUGAAUCAGCAAAAUGCCUGCUCCGGUUCCAGAACUGUGGACCUACAUCCCAGAGGAAAUCCUCAUCCAAAUUUUCUAUUACCUUUCUCUUCGAGAUAGAUACGCGGUCUUCCAGGUGUGCAGGCAGUGGGCUACAGCCGUUUCUUCUAGCUCUGUCUGGCAUUUCACAGAGAUCAGCUGUGAUUCGGAGGAUGAGGAAGGCAUGCUGCAGAGCCUGCUCCAGUUCCUCAGCCAAAUCAAACACCUGAAGAUUGUGUUUGACCAGUCCAAGGAGGUCAACCGGAAGAAUGUGACACGCGUCUUGGAUGUGUUGGCAAAACAGAACCACAAACUGCAGCAGCUGUGCAUUGCGUGCCACGGGGAGAACCCCUAUUUCUACUCUGGCCAGGACAUCCUACAGAGCAUACGGAAUAUCUGCAACACUGAAAACCAGAUAGACCUUCAGCAUAUUGAUUUUCGACAAAUGCCCUUCACUCUCAAUGAUGAGCUUGUUGAACUCGUAGCUACCACCAACCCAAACCUGCACAGUUUGUUCAUCAACAACCGCACCCUGGUAUGCAACGUGGCACCAGACACCGUUAGGAAAGUUCUCAGAGCAUGUCCCAAACUCUCAGCCUUGGGGGUUUACUAUGCCAGUUUGUCUGACGAUGUAUUUCAGGAACUGCUCAAGCCCGAAAGAGCAGCUUUCACCCAUUUAGACAUUUUCUGUGAGCGCCUGGACAAAUAUAUACCAGUCAUCUCAGAAGAGCUCUGGGCUGCUGUAAGUCAAAAGCAUCCUCAACUCUGUGUAGACCUCGAGUUUGAUCAUACGGUCCCUGCCUGCAAAAUACCAUGGAUCCUGAAGCUGAAUAUACCUGUGAGCACGCUGCAACUUAAUACCUAUAAUUACAUGGUAAAUCAGAUUAGGUUUGUGACCCAGAGCUACAGCAGUACUUUAAAGAAGCUGACGCUGCAAACCACGUCCUCGGAGGACUUAAAUUCCUCGCUAGUAGAUCUGGCUAGGCAGUGCAGAAAUCUGUUGGAGAUCCACUGCUACUGUGUGGUCAGCCAGGAGGUGGUAGAAGCGUUCCUCACGCACUGCCCCAGCCUGAAACGAUACACUCUGAAGGUCACCAAGGAACGGCACCCCUGGAAGCCAGUAGUUGUUCAGUGACCGGCUCCUACCGACUUCCUGGGGAAAUCGUAGGGAUCUGCAAGAGGACGGGGAAGGAAGAUUUAGGGCUAUAAGGAAAAUGCUGCAAAAUGCCCUCUGCGCUCACUGAGAACAUGCUGUUUCACCAGCCCUGGCUGUUACAUAUGAUGCAUGCCUGCUGCGCAGACCAAGCAUUUACACUCAAACGUGACAGAGAAAGGGUUAUACAGGGAAACAAACUGGCCUUUUUUCUUCUUCUUUCUUUCUUGGGUUACGGAGGGCAGGUCUCUUCUUC